GCCUCCAGUUUGUUCCAGAAGGAAAAGCUAGCUUUUAGCUGCCACAACCCCGCCCAUAAAACCAGUUUUUCCAGCCAUAAGAUUGUUAACGUUAUAAAACAUGACGGUUAACGAUAUAAAACUGAUGUAACAAGAGAUCUGUUGCUGUAAAGCACAAUAUAAUAUAGUUACCCGAGACGCUGAGGAGAGGUAUUUAUAGUAAGUGUUGAUUUUCAAACCAAUCUGAACCUAACGUUAAAUUCAUUAAAUUAGAAAUUGUUUAGUCGUAGUUAGAUUUAGCCUAGAGGUCUGCUAUCUGGUCUACGUACGGGGCUAGGUAGUUCUUUGCAACGAAAGCUAACGCGUUAGUUUAUGAGCUCACACAGGAAAGUCUGCGGAGUGGAAACGCUCCGUUUCUUUGUGUGUGAGACGGAUCAAAGUAAACUAUAUAACAAAUGUUUAAGCUAAUCAUAAGCAAUCUAUUCAUAAAGAUUGCCGUAGGUUUAGGUAGGAAAUAUUUUUACCUAUGAAUCUGGAUUUUUUAUGUUUUUAAAAAAAUAUGCUGUAUUGAUAGGGGAGAGAUCCUUGGAAUUUACACCUACCGCAAUCUAUACAUAAAGAUUGCUUAGAUUGAGGAUUACGGACUACACUGGAAAAAUUGGUUAUUUGUGGUAGUUGUUUGCUACGCAUGACAUUGUAUCGUCGAUAUCAUUAGAGCAGGAAAUACAUUUCCCCAGGUGUCCGAUAUUUAUACGGCAAUCUGAGGAUAAAGAUUGCAGGAUGGAAAUGUUAAUUCGAAAUAUUGUACAAGGCAGACCGGUUUCGUUGGAAUUACAUCAAAAUGGCGGGCUCGUUGUCGUUUUGUCCUUUCAGAACACUCGAGGCAAUAAUGGCUAUAAUGUUUUUCUGGAGCGACAGUCAGUAGUUGAGUUCCCUGAAUAACGGAACGAGUUUCUUCUUGAUGUGUCGGUAUCGCAUUUGUAGCGGUUGUACUUCACUACCUUCCGUUGUUUUUUGUAACUAGUAAAUGAUCCUCCGGCGGUGCUAAUGUGUUAGUAGGCUAGCUGUGUUGUGGCGGAUGUAGCUGGCAUACAUUGUUCUUUAUGUUCUCGAGGCUGUGGCAGCCACGAAGCAGUUAACAAAAGAGGGCAGGGCCUAGAUGAAUUUUUGGUGGAUCACGGGUUAGUCUCCCCCUCCGUCCUAAACCCCCCCCUAGCCAGAACUAGAGUCAUUGAACAGGAUCGUUAUUCUAGGGUAGGGCGUGCAAUGCAAUGACCGAUGCAGAGUUUGUCUUAAAGGGCUGCCGACUGCGUGAUAUUAGAUUAUAUAACUACCAUCUUCUGAAUGAAAGGCAUAUACAUAUUAAUUUCAUUAUCUACAGUCUGUUCUUUCCCAAUGUAUUUUCUAUUUAUGACGGUAGUAAUUUAUUUUAGGAAGAUCUGAUUAGUGUAGGAUAACAAAGGCUGAGUAGAUGUAUGUAGUUAACCCCAUAGGACAAAAUUAUUUAUUUUAUUUAGUAAUGAUUGUCAACCAGGGAUAAGGCCAUUUAUUAUGUAAACAAAAAAUCCCUUGCUAUAGGCAGGGCUUUGAGCUAUUGUAACAGAAGGAUUUGUUACAUUCUAGCUAAACGAUAACGGGUGUUACUCUUCAACUGCAUUGCCAUAUAUUUGAGUAAAUACACCAAAGCCAUUUUAUGUGUGUAUGAACAUUAAUUUACUUGACAUCUAUUCCCCCAUUGAGUUGUUCUUUACUAAGCUCAUGUCUUACCAAUAACUUAUUUGGAUUGACUUUGUGUGCAUGUGUAACAGUUGUGACAUUUUCAGGAGUUGUGUGUUAUGUCCCGUGUUGUGGAGUUCUGAGACUAUAUAAAACUUCUACUACAACAGUUAAACGGGUAAGACAACUGAUUUCCUCACAUGACAUUUCAAAAUGAAAUACUUGGAUAUUAUCCAUGUAAUACUUGGAUACAGUAAUUCAAAGUAUAUGAUAAUGAACAUAAUCAAACCACAUUAUAAUGAGCUUUAAAAUAUUAACAUGAUAAGCAUUCAGUUAUGCAUUGAACAAUGAGGGGGAAAAGCAUGCUGAUGGCCUAAGUCCCGCCCCUACUGUACGUGUUAUUAUGAUUUACAUAUAGAUUGAUAGUUUGAGCAAGGCUAAGCAAAAAAUCAAAUCAUAUUUUACAGCAAUGGUUUGAUAUCUUAGUGGAGCUUAUAUUGCGUUUUAUACGUAGAUCCAUCCCUAGUCACUGGAUCCUCAACUGAGGUCGGUCUAGUGUUCCCUUUAUAUGGCACAGUAAUGAUGUGGGUAGCACAGGUUAACUUGUUAUUUUAACCACCCACUUGUACUUGAGCCAAUCUUCUGCUCUGCUUAAGUAUACAUUUGAAAUAUGUUAAUAGCCAACUUAAAUGACUUUAGUUUAGUGAAUUUAUGACUGAUUUUGAGAUGUGUGAAUUUCUUUUGACCACAUUAGUAUAGACAUGUAGUGUGUGGGGGGGGGGGGCAUUGAAGCAAGUGGUAGUCAUUGAUAAUGCUUCAGAUGAAAUAUUCCCUUUAUUCUAAUGUUAAUCAUAGGCAAUUAACACACUGCUUCCACACUAGUCCUAUGAACUUUUAAGGGAUGCAUGUGUGAGAUCAAUCACUUAUAAAACCAAUACAAAUAACUUUAAUAUUACUUUAAAAUAAUUAUUUAUACUUACAAAAACAAAACAAUUGUUAAAUAUUUUCCUUUAGAUAACUGAAAUUAAUAGUACUAUGUAUUUGUCAUAGAAUAGGCUUUUUCUGUGCUCUGUUCAACCACCUGUACUCCUUGGGUUCCUGUGCCACCUGAGACUACUGGUAAUAUGACUGCACCCUUCUCUGUCAGUGAAGGAGCUGGUCAGUCAUUCCAACCUCCAGUUUAGUGCACUGCAAGCCUGAAACUGAAUACCGGUAGGCUUUCAGUUUGAGGGCCUUUUCUGUGUGUGUGUGCCUCAGUGUUUAGCUACCAGUAUGUGUGUUAUUAGUAGAGGGGGAAGCUACCCAAAGUAUUUUUCACCCACACUCAACAAACACGUAGGCUGUAACAUCCUCUUCCGUUACCAGGACAGCAUCAGUAAAGUAUCCAAGUUUCCACAGCUCUCAUCGCCUUUGACAUUUCUAUAAAAACAUUUCUAGAAAAGAAAGUAGGGAAUUCAAUAGGUUCCUCAAUGGGAUUAUGCUUCUGAGAAUAGAACAGUACAAGUGUGUUUUUUUACAAGGCUGCUGCUCAUCCCAACAACUAACUUCCCCUCCACUGUAGUUUGUAGGCCUACUGGUUGUUUUGCUCAUAUCCAAGCCUAAUCAUCUGUUUUUAUUUGCACUUACCAUGAACCUGUUUAGGUUGUACAUAUUAUUAAGGCAAUCGUGAAUGGAAGGUUUUGUUGAAACUUGUUUGUAAUGUUUUAACUUUCUGUUGAAUAAAGCAGUUACUUGAAUGUAUUGCUGACCCUUGGGGGAAGUCCACAUGAACCUAUUCUAAACUACAGCCCAACCUGUCAUUUUCUAAUAUAAUGUGUUGUUGAACUGACUCCUUGCAUAUUUCCUCCCUUUCUCUCUCUCAUAGUGUUCUAUUGAAUUACUGACACAGAAAAUGAACUAGCAGCAUGACCUAUAAGCAAUAUUUGUAUUAGGCUGUACCCAGCUGUCUUAGAGGAAGCCUUACAGCAGCUACAGAGAGAACAGAAACCGUAGGCUCCAUCUGUCCUCCCUUCCUCUCCCUCCACUAUGAGGAUAAUCCACAGAACUGACAGAUCCAGCCCUCAGAGAAAUGGAAAUGCAAAUACUUGAAGAAUGAGGCAAUACAUCAGUCAGUGAGUCAUGGUGUUCACUGCAGUAUGGAAUUUGAAAUGCGAAAGCAGUACUGAAGCUGAACAGUAGAUUUGGAGGGGGUUAGCUGGGAAUGUCACUGCCCCCCUUUACUUGUUUUGACAGAUUUCAGUGUGACUGAAGAUCUAUCAAUGUGGGUGAUUUGACGUAGGCCCCUGGGCCAUUGUGGUGUUGCUCUAGGCUUUGUGGAUAGCAGGAAACGGUGCAAACUGCAGUUUGUUUUCAGUCGUGGUUGGUCGUGUGGUAGAGAGGAGUUUGGAAAGGUCUUAUGGUUUAGUACCUGUGUUGAAUUGUCUGUAAAGCCAUUGCUUUGUGCAGGAUCUAGAGAAGAACGGAUGGUGUCUGUUCCAAGGAUCUCUCCCAAAACAGUGUAAUCUGACAUGCCUUGAAGAACCAUGCAGUGCAAACAUCACUUUCGCUGCAUAUUAAAAGCGAUAAUAACAGUGACUGUUUAGUAGGCACCAGAGUUCUAAGGCGAUAUCCUGUAUGUUAAGUGUGUAUGUCUCUUCCUCUCUCAGAGCGGAGAUGGCGGUGGGCCCGGUGGACCCCAGAGAGGUCCUGAAGGGAGUAGAGAACCUGCUAGGGAAAGAUGGAGAGCUCCGCAGCCUGGAGGGAGUCACCAAAGUCUUCAGGUAAUUAACACACUGCCAUUAAAAAAAAAAUGUAUGGCGUGCUUUUGGCCUUAUUUUGUUUUUACUGUUUACUGUGUUUUUCAUAAUUAUUUUAACAUUAUUUUGAGUUGUCUGUGGAGAAUGUAAUGGUAGCAUAGUAAAUCUCCUGUCUUUUGUUCUGAUUGUCAGCUUCCUUCUUGGUCUUUUCUCCACAGUCUCAUGAAGGCCUCUCACAAGAUGGUGAGCAGGUGUAUGUACCUGAAUAUCCUACUGCAGACCAAGUCCCACGACAUUCUCAACCGGUAAGAUCUACUCCCAUCUUUUGUUCUUCAUUGAUCAACCUUAUUGGCUGACUUGUUUAGUAACUUCACUAUGGAGUUUUCUCUGCCACUGUGCUGCUUCUUGUUCUUUGGUGGGUUGGGGGUCUAUGCCAGGUUACUGUAAAGCACUUUGUGACAAACACGUUGUAAAAAUUGGCAAUUGAAGUGGAAUUUGAUUGAUUGACUGUCUCUUCUCUUCGUCCAGGUUUAUCCGAGUGGGAGGAUACAAGCUGCUGAACACGUGGCUGACCUACUCCAGGACCAGCACCAACACCCCCCUGUUACAGCUCAUCCUGCUGACGCUGCAGAAACUGCCCCUCACUGUAGACCACCUGAAACAGAACAACACUGCCAAGCUGGUCAAGCAGCUCAGCAAGACUGGAGAGACUGAGGGUAUGUUUUUAUACAACUUUCUUUUCCCUGGUGGUUCCACCCUCUCUAAUACACUGAGCUGACUAAUAGACCUCUGUGGAAAAAUUUGUUAGCAUUUUAUUUGUAUCUCACUUCCUCACAAACCCAAAGCCAAGACAAUAGAGUUCCAUAGUGGUGGUAUCUGUGCAGUAGAUGUCAAUUGUUGAAUGAUAGUGAUGAUGUUGAUGUGUAACUAAUGGUGUGUCUCUCCCUCUCAGAGCUGAGGAAGCUGGCCGCUGGGCUGGUGGAUGGCUGGAUGGCUACCAUCCGCUCCCAGAGUGUCUCUGCCACCUCUCCUGCAGGUAACUGUUCCUCUCCUCCUUCCCUUUCCUUCAUGCUCUCCAUUGUUCCUUCUUUUCCCCUCUCUUUCUCUCACAUUCACUUUCAACCUCGGACCCUAGUCCUGUGUGUCUCAGUUGGUAGAGCAUGGAGCUUGCAAUGCCAAGAUUGUGUGUUCGACUCCUUCGGAGGACCAGUAUGAAAAUGUAUGCACUCACUACUGUAAGUCAUUCUGGAUAAGAGCAUCUGCUAAAUGACUAAAAUGUCCUCUUCACUAUAAUCUCUUUAUGUUUACAUAACGCCCCGUCACUCUCUUUUUCUCUCAGAUAAGAAGCGGAAGAAGGAGGAGGGGAAAGUGCCAGUCCGAGAAGUGAAGGCAGCUGAUGUAGGGAAGGCAGCAGAGGAGGAGAAGAAGCGGGAGAAGGCCAAAGCUCACGCUCCCAGCCAUGCUAAGAUCCGCUCCAUAGGUACACUACGCUUCCCUUCACCGCCAUCUUGUCAAACUACACUCACACUCUGUCCUCACAGUUUAUCACACAAAAGUUUAAUUUACAAAAUAUGAUUUUGUGUAUAAGGUUAUUGUCCUUCAGUAGAAGACAGGCCACAGUAAUAUGCAAAAAUGAAAAAGUCAUUAUGUUUCUGGCUGUAGAGAUGAAUCUCCUGCUGUUGCUAAAGUGCUAGAUGUAGUACUAUGUAAUGACCUGACCCUGUCCUGUGUGUGUUGUCUUCCAGGCCUGGAGAUGGAUGCUCCCACCCCUGUCCCAGUCAAGAAGCCCCCUGUGGCCCUCCAGCUGGGGGACAAGUACAACAUCAAACCAGCCCAAGUCCUCAAGAGACCCAGGUAAACAACACAAUAACAUCCAUGUCCAAAUUGUGUAUAUGUGUCGCCCUCCUACGACUUACCAGGCAAUAACAGGAUAGACAUUGCAUAACCACAGAAUAACGCCACUGCUCAGUGCUGCCCCAUUGGGGGUUAAUCUCAAGUACUGACCAAACCUGUCUUUGGCAGAUGUAUUUGCCAUUUGUAAUGAAUAUAUUGGAAUUAUUACUCACUCAACCUCUCAUAAUAAAAACACAACAUUUUCUUAUCUCCCUCUACCUGUCUGGGUCCUAUGGAGUAAAAACUAACUUGUGUUUCUCUUGUCUUUCUCCUCACCAGUUUUGGUCCUCUGGACGCUCCCCCUGUGGAGAAGAAGUACAAACCCCUCAACACCACUCCUAACCAGACCAAGGAGAUCAAGGUGAAGAUCAUCCCCGCACAACGUAAGUCCUCAACAGAAACAAGUAUGUACCCAUCUUUUUGACCCAUUCACUGCAUGUAGUAGAUUAGAUCUAAACCCUCAACAAGUAGAUUAGACUACAUCUAACCCCUCAAAAAGGAGUAGAUAUCAGGGUUGAGGUUAAUUCCUCUUCACUUCAGGAGUUAAGUGAAAUUCCCAUUCCAAAUGUCCUCAGUACUUCUCUAUGAGAAACAUUUGGAAUUUAAAUUUCAGUUUAGUUGCUGAAAUGGAAAGGAAUUGACCUCCACAACCCUGGUAGAUACCAACACACUGUUGUAUAUGUUCCCGUACACUAUAUGUAUUGGAACGUUUCUUCUUCAAACUUGAAACAUUGCAGUAAACUUCAAGGGAGCAUACCCAACCGUUUCAGAGCAUAAACAAACAUUUCUGUUUCUUUCACAUGCCAUGUGUUGUUUUGUUCCCUACCCAUCAGAAAUAGUGUGAUGUGCAUAGAACACACUUUUAAACCCAUCUCCCCCUCAACUACCACAGCAUUAUGUUGACUGUUAGUGAUGUCACUAAGAGACCUUCCUUUCUCUCUGCAGCCCUUGAGGGUACAGGCUUCCUGGAUGCCCUAAACUCUGCCCCCGUGCCUGGCAUCAAGAUUAAGAAGAAGAAAGGGAAGGAAGGUAGAGACCCCAAAGCUGUCUCUCCCACGUCAAACAAGGUAAAUGCAUGACAGACAGACAACUCCUCGAUCUCAACCACCUGAAUCUAUGGGAAGGCUGUGCAAAUGGAAUUGAGUAUUCACCCAUCUCUCUCUCUCUCUCUCUCUCUCUCUCUCUCUCUCUCUCUCUCUCUCUACCUCCCUCCUCUCCUCUCAGCCGUGUCCGUUCGAGGGUAAAACCCCCUACCUUUCGCCUCAGGGCGGUGCCAAGCCCUCGUCCCCAGAGACACAGGUGGCCUCCACCACCCCUCCCCACGAGGUCCCAGUAGACCUGGAGCAGCCAGGCACGCCUGUCCCUGCUGACGACCCCGAGGCCAUGGACACGGGCAGCGAGAAGCCCAACGCCCUGGCUGAGCCCCGCGGCGACGAGGAGAGUCAGCUGACUAAGAAGGGCAAGAAGAAGAAGAGCGUGCGCUGGGCCGAGGAGGAGCAGCUCAAAGAGUACUUCUACUUCGACCUGGACGAGACCGAGAGAGGUGAGAGAACAAAAACUAACGGUAACUUCAUUUUACAUUUUUUUGGUCGGUGUUGUGUGUAAUUGCACGUCAAACUGUGGUUGUAUAGUCAAACUAGGCAGUUGCCAAUACAGUAGCUAGCUAACUGUACAAUAAAGACAUGCUCUACUCUUUACUAAGUUCUGUUAAAUGAGUCUUUGGACAGGGAUGUGAUUUUCCCCUGCUUUUUUGUAAUUUAUCCUCCAAAAUAAAACAUUUAAAAAUAGACCUAUCCCCUAGUCAAAAUUCAGCAUUUUCUGGCCGUCUAUCUUGUCCUGAUCACAUCUCUGUUGGGUGUCACAGCUAACUCUUCUCAUUCUCCACCUCUCCUUCCUGCUCUUCCGGCUAUCUCCCUCUCCAGUCAACGUCAACAAGGUCAAAGACUUUGGCGAGGCGGCGAAGCGCGAGAUGAUGAUGGACCGCCACACGUUUGAGAUGGCAAGACGCCUGUCCCACGACUCCAUGGAGGAGCGGGUCCCCUGGAGCCCCCCGAGGCCCCUGGCCCUCACCGGCCCCCUGGUCAACGCCGGGGCCAACAGCACAGAGAGACUCGCACAGAGGGACCGUGAGACUGGCAUCCUGCAGGAGAUUUUCCUCACCAAGGAGAGGUACGUAUUCACAGAGAGAGAGAGUGUGUGUCUGUGUGAGAGAGAGCAGUAUGGUUUAAAAUGAUAUGGAUUUCUGUAGCCUAGUGGGUUACCAGGUGCUCAAAGUGCCUCGCAUUGUAUUGGGGAAACUGACCUCCUGCCUCCUCCUCAGUGUUCCUGACAGCCCCCAUGAACCAGAGCCUGAGGCCUACGAACCCAUGCCUCCACGCCUCAUACCUCUGGACGAGGUGAGAUGUACUCUUUUCUGUCAAUCACUUUGGUGCAGUUCGAAAGAUGUGUUCAACUCCAAUGAAUGCACAACCAAAGGUUUUGAACAUAAAAUAAGAAGCAUUACAAGUUAUUAGUUUUUACUUUUGUUCUAAGAGUUUUGCAUCUGAAAAAUACGGCAAAGUGAUUGAAAAAUAACCUAUAAUACAUAACACACCCAAUGCUCCAAAUAUCCUCUAUUUGUCCAGUGCACUAACUCCCUCUCCUCUCCAGGACUCAACCAUGAUGGACGACAGCUACAUGGAGCCCAUGGACACGUCGUCCCAGCCUGGCUCUGGCGUGGGCCCCGGGGGUGUGGAGGGCUCCAAGCUGCCGCCCGUCCUCGCCAACCUCAUGGGCAACCUGGGGGCCAACAACCUGUUGGGCAACCUGGGUAACCUAGGCAACAUCGCCCAGGGCACGCCUGGUGCCCCCGCUGCCCCCUCCGUCAAUGUACAGGAGCUUCUCACCUCCAUCAUGGUAAGAGAUAUAGCUAUGAAAACAUUUUCAAACAUGAACUAAUCCUGUUUUUGUAAGAUUAUGAUUGAAUGAAUUCAAGUAUUAAUGCGUUGUCUACUGCAACUGUUUUAAAACAGAACUUCUGGAAGUCCUGUAACCAGUGUGUGUAUCUGUGAUGUUUAUUUUAUUCUGUCUUCAUGAUUUGGGUUAACUUCUCUCUCUCUUUCUCGCUCCCUGUCUCUCCUGUAGGGAGCUAGUGGUGGCCAGUCUACUGAGGACCUGAUCAAGCAGCCAGACUUCUCUGAAAAGAUCAAACAGCUGCUGGGUUCUCUACAGCAGAACCAGGGCCCCCCCACCGGACCCCCACCCGGAGGUACACAGACCCCUUCCCCUCUCUCUUCAGUUCUCACACACACUUAUUCAAGCCAACAAACCAAGUAUUCUUUCAUUUCCUCCUACUCUUAACUGUAUAUGACUAUGUGUGGUAGAAUGAUUAACCAAGUAUCUCUUUCCUCCACAGUGAGCCAGGGCCUGUUGGGCCACGGUCCAGGCAUGAACAACAUACCCAACAUGAACAACCUCAACAUGGGCAUGCCCAUGAACGGAGUGGGGUACCCUCCUGCAGGCAAGCCCCCGGGCCCCGGAGGCCCCCACUACAACCACCCCCCGCCCCCACACAACCACGGACCCCCCGGCUUCAACGCCAACCCCCGCAUGAUGGGGCCCCCGCCGACCCAGGGCCACGGAGGAGACAACGGCAACUACUGGGGGGACGACUCGAUGAGGGGGGGGCCACACCGGGGCGGAGGGGGCCACUUCCACCGCGGGGGCCGAGGGAGAGGAGGGGAACAGGUGGGCUUUAGAGGGAGAGGACGAGGGGGUCCUAGAGGAGGACACAACAACAUGGGAGGUGAGUUGAAUUGAAAGGGAAUGUCCCUUCUAGUAAUUAUAUUUCUAUGUUAGAGACAUAGGGCCAGUCUGAAACGACACCCUGUAUUGCCCAUGGCUGUGCCCCACAGUAGUGCAAUAACAAUAAAGACUAAGUUGAUUUGUGUUUGCCAUCUUCUAGCCUUGAUGCAGUCAGUACAGAAACGUUGGGUUUGUUGUGUACUAAUAACUCUGUUAUUUUUCCUCUCCUCCUCCCAGACAUGUCCAAGAGGCCAGUGUGUCGCCACUUCAUGAUGAAAGGAAACUGCCGUUACGAGAGCAACUGUGCUUUCUACCACCCCGGCGUCAACGGUCCUCCCCUGCCACCCAACCACCCCGCCCACAACCAGUACAACGACCACGGACCGCAGCACGGGCACUAG